AUAACAGUAAACUGAGUGGGAGAUACUUGUAUUGAGCUGUGUGAAGCAAGCCUGGCGUUGCUGAAACCCUAUAAACACCAUGGGAAUGCAGCUUCUAAUUCAGAUGUUUCUGAUGUAUCCCGGGAUUACUGUGUUUGCUGCCUGACUGAUAACACCAUGGUUGAGUGAGAGUUUGUGCAGUUCAGAGCUAUGUGUUAGUGGGGGGAUCCAAGUUUUCUUCAGCUUCAGCAUAGAACUAGGGUUGCUGAUAGUUAUCAAAACAAAGUUUUGAUAAAAACAAAAGCAAAAUGCAGGAUGGAAAUGCUCUUUUUUGGGGGGGGGCAUUACUGUAGAUUAGCUCAGUUUACUCUCUAUUAUUUUGAAAGCUUGGGUUUAUUUUAAGUUGCAUUUUAGAGAUGAAUCAAAGAAAAAUAAAGAUUUCAGUCACUUCAUAUUCUUGCUGAAGGAGCUUUGAUAUAUUUUAGAGGUUAUCGCUAUGCAAUGGAACAGUGUACUUUAUUCCUGGAAGAGCCAGGGUAUUUCUCGAAGGCAGCAAUUUAGACGUUCAUUUGCUCAUCUCACAUUUAGAAUGUAUCACAAAAGUUGGUUGGGGCUGAUGUAGCUGAAACAAGGGAUAAGCAUAAGAAGGUCAAGGUAGGGAAACGGAAGGCAUUAUGUAUGGAUUCAGCCUGUCAUAAUUGGCAGUCUGCAACUAUUUUUAAAGAGCUACUUACCCCUAAGGCUUUUGAACUAGAAAUGACUUUACACGAAUUCAGGCAAUGUUCAGUCUCUGCAUGGUUGAAAGUGAAGCUGAUGAGGUGAAUUUACAUGGUGUCACAAGCCUAGGUUUAAAACAAGCCCUGGACUUUGCAUAUACUGGACAGAUCCUUUUGGAGCCAGGGGUGAUACAGGAUGUGCUAGCAGCUGGGAGUCAUUUGCAGCUGCUGGAGCUUCUCAGUUUAUGUUCUCACUAUCUCAUUCAGGAAUUAAAUAGUUUUAAUUACUUGGACCUGUAUAAGCUUGCGGACCUCUUCAACCUCACUUUGUUGGAGAAUGCAGUGGUUGACUUCUUAGUAAAACAUCUCUCUGAGCUAUUGAAGAAUCAUCCUGAAGAAGUCCUGGCACUCCCAUACUGUCUCCUUCGAGAGGUUUUUAAAAGUGAUAGACUCACUUCACUCAGUGAAGAACAAAUCUGGCAGCUGGCCGUGAGGUGGUUGGAGCACAACUGCCGCUACCAGUACAUGGAUGAGCUUCUCCAGUAUGUCCGCUUUGGCCUUAUGGACGUGGAUACUCUGCAUACUGUAGCUCUUUCUCAUCCUCUUGUCCAAGCCAGUGAAACUGCGACAGCACUUGUUAACGAGGCCUUGGCUUACCACCAAAGCAUCUAUGCACAGCCAGUUUGGCAAACCAGAAGGACAAAACCUCGCUUCCAGUCAGACACUCUUUACAUUAUUGGUGGGAAAAAACGUGAAGUCUGUAAAGUGAAGGAGUUGCGAUACUUCAACCCAGUCGAUCAAGAAAACGUUCACAUUGCAGGGAUUGCAAACUGGAGUGAGCUAGCGCCCAUGCCAGUAGGGAGAAGUCACCACUGUGUGGCUGUCAUGGGAGACUUUCUUUUUGUAGCUGGUGGAGAGGCCGAGCACUCCACGGGCCGCACCUGUGCGGUGAGAACUGCCUGCCGCUAUGACCCCCGCACCAACUCGUGGGCCGAGAUAGCUCCGAUGAAGAACUGUCGGGAGCACUUUGUGCUGGGAGCAGUGGACGAGUACCUCUAUGCGGUAGGGGGCAGAAAUGAGUUGCGCCAAGUUCUGCCUACUGUGGAGUGCUACUGCCCCAAGAAGAACAAGUGGACCUUUGUGCAGUCCUUUGAUCGAUCGCUUUCAUGCCAUGCAGGAUAUGUGGUGGAUGGUCUUCUUUGGAUAUCAGGGGGAGUAACAAACACUGCACAGUAUCAGAACAGGCUUAUGGUCUAUGAUCCCAAGCAGAAUAAGUGGUUGAGCCGUAGCCCAAUGCUGCAGAGGAGAGUGUAUCACUCCAUGGCUGCUGUCCAAAGGAAACUGUACGUGUUAGGUGGGAAUGACCUGGACUACAACAAUGACCGGAUCCUGGUUCGGCACAUAGAUUCUUACAGCAUAGACACUGACCAGUGGACACGUUGCAGCUUCAACAUGUUAACAGGUCAAAAUGAGUCUGGAGUCGCGGUCCACAAUGGUAGAAUAUAUCUCGUUGGCGGCUAUUCGAUUUGGACAAAUGAGCCUUUGGCAUGUAUCCAGGUGCUGGAUGUUAGCAAGGAAGGGAAGGAAGAAGUUUUCUAUGGGCCUACGCUCCCAUUUGCUUCCAAUGGAAUAGCGGCGUGCUUUCUCCCAGCUCCUUACUUCACAUGCCCCAACCUUCAGACUCUGCAAGUGCCUCACCACAGGAUCGGCACAAUGUGAGACAAGGAACGCGUACUUCAUAAAAUCAGAUGUGGAAGGGGAAAAAUCAAACCCUGCAUAUUGAAGGGUUUCUUUGGAUCAGUGAAAAUAAUCAAUCCCCAUGGGCUGCUGCUUUACCUUCACACAUUUGUCUUAAAGUCGGAUCACAAUAGGCAGGAAGGAAGCUACAAAAACCAUGGUUUCUCUCCUCUGCCUCAGAUGCAGAGGCAUAUAUGUGAGAGCAUUUGGCAUUUCUGCUGGUGACUACUUGCUGCCUGUCUUGAUUUAAUUUCCUUAUGCAACUUUGUUAAGGCGUUGUGAAUGCUCUCAGCUCCUUCCUGGGCUGCUGUUCUUUGGAAUCUGCACGUUCAGUUGUUCACCAAUGGCACUUUCAAAGAUGAGAGAAAGUAGUGUUUAUGUUGACAAAGACGAUAUAAUACUAUGGUAAUUAUGCAACUUACUUGAUACCGUUGGCAAAAAGAAUAACAAAUGUGCUGACUUCCAAUUCCGAACUCCAUCGUUUACAGUUUCUCAUUUAAUAAUACUUCAUUUGAAAUUUAAAUACUGUGAAGCAGAUUAAAACAAAAAUAAAAAACAAACAAGCCCUGUAGUAUAUAAGGAUCACACAAAAAUUUGUGAAGGACAAAGACACUGAGGCUUCACAGUUAAGCACAAGUCUGAAUGGAAUGUGUGUGUCUGAGAAUCUAAAGAUCAUUUGGGAUGUCAUUUACCAAGGUCUACUAUCAAAUAAAUGUUACCUUCUGUCAUAUGAUCAAUUCCUCCUGACAGCUGCAGUCUUUUAAUGGUGGAGAACAGCUUCUUUACUGUAUAAUUAAAAUGUGCCAUUUACUUAAUAUUUUUAAUAUCCAGUUUGCAAGGGGUCACCACAUUUACAAUUAUCAAUGAACAGUCUCAUUUUGUCCAACAUAUGGUCCCACAAAUCACUGGUCUCCAGAGGCUAAACAGGUGUAUAACAAUGUCAAUAUUUAUUUAUUUAUUCUUUCAGUUUAUGUAGCGUGUCUCCCUUCCAUACUCCAAGCAUAUGCCAAUUCACAAUAAAUACUCUAACCUGUUAUAUUUUGGCUUUGCUUGGCUAUUGCAGCCCCCAUCUCAUAUUUUCAUCUUUAUUUACAUAUCUAACAACAAGUUCAAUGUUUGUAAGUAUUAACCAAGCAUAUAAUUAAAUCUUUCUCUAUUUAUGAUUUA